AUGGCUCCCGGUAGUCAUCAUACCACCACAUACAAUGAACCCGAGAAUCAACUAAUGCCAGUGCUAGCCAAUACAACCAAUAGACUACCACUUCAGGAAACCAGCGGAAAUAUCCGUUCACCUGUUCAUAAACGUAAGUUUACUGAAGAAGAGCCAACAUCAACAGAAGGUGGUGGAGUAGAUUCAAGUAACUCCCUUCAACAACCUCCAGCCAAAUUGCAUGGGACUCGAUUACGUCUAGAAGUUGUUAAACGGAAUCUUCAACCAGAAAAGCGCCCUCAGGAGUCUCAAGAUCAACACCAACACCAACAUCAACUGCAUCAAAACCAUGAACAAGAACAUAGCAAGGGAAAGUCGCGUUUACAAGGUGCUGAUUUGUAUCAUUGGCAACAACAAUGGAAAAGGAUUAUGAAGGAAUCAGUAGUAUAUUUCGAUGGAGUUGCUGAUUUAAAGAGUCAUCUGGUGGAAGAAGCAGAGUAUAAACGAGCAUAUAAGGCACUUAAAGAGAUAGGAUGUACCAUUACUCCAUUCUAUGAUGGCUCAGUUACAAUAAUAGUGUCCAGGAGAUUAUACUCACAAUCUAAAGCAUAUUCUCAGUCAGAUAUAUUUUAUUAUGCCAGUAAACUGAAAGCUAAAGUUUGGGAUUAUACUAAAGUUUUCCGUUUCCUUAAGAAUUUAGGUGUUCUGGAUGAGAGAUUGAACCAUAGUUUAAAUGAAUCUAAACCUCGCCUAUCAAGUUUGUUGAAGGAAGAAAAAAUUUUCGGGUCAACAGAUAAGGAUCCUAAUGCAAAGCGUGAAGAUUUCCAUUAUUUGGAUAAGAACUUUUUGUUUGUCUAUGAUUUAUCACAACAGGUUCGACCUAUAGCUGUUCGAGAAUGGGUACCCGGUGCUAGUUAUCCAACGAUUUAUCUAACAUUAGAUGGGAAAUGUCCAUUCAUACCUGAUACACUGGAGAAUUCUGAACGGAAAAGAUUAAGGCGACAACAACGAUUUGAAGCUGCAAAGGAAUAUAGGUUAAUUUUAAAACGUGCAAGUGAAGAAAUCGUCUCCCAUUCCAAAAAGCUGUUCAAUUCACCGUCCAAAAGUAAUAAUGAUGAUGAGCGAGGUAUGAAAAAUUUGAAAAAUAAGCUUUCAGAAGAAGAAAACGAAAUGCAGAUCGAUACUACUACUGUUGAUGAUUAUGACAAUAAUAAUGAGAAUGAUCAUUCCACUACUAGAGAAUAUAUUACAGCUCAAGAUGAAGAAGAAUCCAGUAAUAAAGUUGCUGAAUUAUUAUCUUUGAGAAGGCCACCAGCACUUGUCCGGAAUUCAUCAUGUGUUCAACCUUCUCAAAGAUUUUUUGAUGUUGCUGCAUCUGGUUUCAACGGAGCAUCUAAUGCUAUGAGUUUUUCAAUGGAUUCAACACUCAACAGUGCCGCAAAUCAAGGUGGAAAUGGAUUGGGACCAACUAUGUCACAAGUUUCUUCACGUAACUUCAACAAUUUAAAGCGGCGGAUUGUUAUCAAAAGACAACAGUUGGAGAAGAAGCAAGCACAAUUAGAUUCAAGUGAAAGGGAUAGUAAGCCUGGGUAUUGCGAGAACUGUCGUGUUAAAUAUGACUGCUUUGCUGAUCAUAUUAAGAGUAACCGUCACCGUAACUUUGCCUGUGAUGAUCGCAACUUCAAAGAUAUUGAUAAGUUGAUCCGAAUUCUUAAUGAGAAUAAAUCUUUAGGGCAAGUAGUCUCUAAUGGAGACUUCAAUUAUGCAUGA